UCAACUUUCAUUGACGUCAAGUCCUUCUUUUCUUUAAUUAACCAAAUUUGGAGCAGUGUGGCCAGCGAAACCACGGAGCUGAAUGCCACUUUUAUCAGUGUGUCGGAGCAAGUGAAAGAGGGCAUCGGACAUGCUCGACCCCUGAUCUAUGCUGCGGUCUAUACGCCGACCAUCAUUCUUCUAGGUAUCCUCCUUGCGUAUUUAAGCAUUGCUAUACUCCACGUUCUCGAGGCUAGGAAAACACAACUCUUCUACCUCGAUGAAAGUGCUGCUAUCACUUCAUCGCACGUCUGCAGCAGUCGUGGCAAUCUCAUUCAUGCCGUCUUCUUCAUUGUCUUCCUCACCAUCACAAGCAUUUUUAUUAUCGUUUUCUUGCCCAUCUGCAUCCUCUUCAUCAACAAUGGAUGCGCGUACUUGACAGAUCAGCAUGGAGUCGCUCAAUCAGACUACGUGAUCAACUCAUUUAUAGCCUCGCAAUUGUGGCCACCACUUGUGAAGCAAAUUCACAAUUCCAUUAACAAUCCAACCACGGAGUUUCUCGUGCUCCCACCACCUAAAAACAUCAUAAAUGCAUCGACGGUGUUGUGUGGAAGAGCGAUGCGCAGUGCCCGCAUGGGAUUUCUGGGAGCUGUUGGCUGGACGUCUUUCAUCAACGUAUCUGCCUUCUUAAGCUCCGAGGGGGCAACUAACAAAUUUAUUGAAGGCGAGAAAGUGCUUAAAGAUGAGAUCAUUCAAUUGAAUUUGGCUAGUCUGAUUCCAAAGGACUUGGAUAAACUUUGGAAAACAACACAAAAUCUCACCCAAUACUUCGAUAACAUUGAUUAUCAGCCCUCCAUCGAUGAACUCUCACCUAGUCGAUUGCCACUUCAAGCUCUGACCAGUUUCGCAGACGACCUUGAGGAUCUUUUGAAGAAGAUACGCCAACUUGGCUUGGCU